AUGAAGUACCAGCAAUUGGCCUCUAUUGGCGCCGCCAUCUUUGGCAUGGCUGCCUCUGUUUCUGCUAUUCCACUCGCUCGUGAGGAAGAGAAUUUCUGUCCCAAGGGCUACAAGAUGGUCGUCUGGUAUGAGACCAUUUGGCCUACCCCGGAGGCGACUUCGACGGAGAUCAGCAGCACCCCGUCCGCUAUUCCGACUUUGACUUCGACUUCGACUUCAACUUUCGAAGCUGUCACGGUUGUGCAGUCUCAGACUCCUGUAGUGUCCGUGUCUUCCACUCCAGCUGCUGAUGUUGCUGUUGUUGCGGCCAUUUCGACAUCGACUUCUGCUCUUGCUCCGGUUCCCACUACUAUGUCCCCUACUUUUGAGGCACCCGCUACCACUUCAGUGAUUGCUGUUCCCGAGACUGUCCAGGUGAUUGUGCCUUCAAUCUCGUCCGAGAGCUCUACUGCUGAGACUGUCGCUCCCGCGAAGGUUGCUGUCGUCCAAGAGACUACCUCUUCGACCUCUUCGUCCACUUCGUCCACUUCUACUUCUACUUCUGCCCUGACUGCUGAGGCUACUAGCACCUCCUCCACCGGCUCUUCCUCUUCUGGAACAUCCGGUGAAGCCACCUUCUACGGCGGCAACAUCGAGGGUGGGACCUGUUCUUUCUCAGGUUACACCCUGCCUAGUGGGCUAUUCGGCACUGCUCUCUCAGUGGAUCAAUGGAACGAUGCCGCCAACUGUGGCGCCUGUGUGUCCGUAACCGGACCCAACGGUAACAGUAUCAAGGCCAUGAUUGUUGACCAGUGCCCCUCCUGUAACACCAAUCACUUCGACCUCUUCGAAAAUGCAUUUGGCGAACUCGCUGAUAUCUCUGCUGGUAUCAUCGACAUUGACUGGUCCUUUACCUCUUGUGAUCUCGACGGCCCCCUGAAGUUGAAGAACAAGUCUGGCACCUCCGAAUACUGGUUCUCGAUGCAGGUUGUCAAUGCCAACGAGCCUGUCACCAAGCUGGAGGUCAGCACCGACGGCGGUAGCAACUGGCAGAGCACCACCCGUACCUCCUACAACUACUUUGAGCAGUCUUCGGGCUUCGGCACAGACACUGUUACUGUUCGUGUUACUGGAAAGUCUGGAAACACGGUUGUGGUGAAGGAUGUUGGAUGCUCGUCUGAGUCAGAGUAUACUGCUUCGUCCAACCUGUGA